AUGCCGGUACAGUUUGCUGCCAAAAGGCUGGGGAAGGAACUGAGCAAGAUCCAGAACGGCUUGCCACCUGGGAUCGAACUUGUCUCCGCCGACAACUUGGAAGAGUGGCUUCUGGACAUAAAAGUCCUCGACAACAACCCGCUUUACCUCAACGAGACAUAUCGACUGAAGUUCCGGUUCAGCCAGUCAUACCCCAUCGAGCCUCCUGAAGUGGUAUUCGUCAAACAAACCGACCGGCCGAUUCCGAUCCACCCGCACAUCUAUUCUAACGGAAUCAUCUGUCUCGACCUACUCGGUCAACAAGGUUGGAGCCCCGUGCAAAGCGUGGAAAGCGUAUGCAUGAGUCUACAGAGCAUGUUGACCGGGAACACCAAGGACGAGCGACCUCCCGGCGAUGAGGAAUUUGUUCGCGGCAACAAGCAGCGCCCCAAGGAUAUUGAGUUCUACUAUCACGACAAUACCGUCUAG